CCCAGUCAUGGGGAAUCGGCCUCCAGCACCUCGUCCUCAGCCUCCCCCUCAGCCGGCUCCCCCACCUCCACCAUGUCCACUUUUAUCAACUCCAUGGAGAGAAAUAAGAUGGGGAAACAACGAGGAACCUCUGCAGUACACAAAGAACUUUCAACCUCAGAACAAAAGAGCCAAAGCGAUCAGAGUGUUACUCUACGGACCGGUCGGUGCGGGGAAGUCCAGCUUCAUCACGUCUGUCAACUCUGUUUUACAAGGGAGAAUGACCAACAAAGCUCUGGCCAGUGCCACAACCUCUGAUCAAAGUUUCACAAAAUCGUAUCAAACCUAUAAAAUCAGGAAAGAAGGCAGAGGAGACUGUUAUCCUUUUGUGUUCAAUGACAUCAUGGGUCUGGAAGACGAAGAUGGAAGAGGAGUCAGAGCAGAAGACAUCAAACUGGCCUUGAAGGGACAUGUGAAGGAUGGAUACAAGUUCAGUCCUUCAUCUUCAGUUUCUGCUGGUGAUCCUGGCUACAACGCUUUUCCCUCCAUCAGUGACAGAGUCCAUGUUCUGGUUUGUGUUUAUUCUGCAAAUGCGCAUCAAAUGAAAUCCUCUGUUCUAAAGAAAAUGAAAGAAAUCAGAGAAGCAGCCAGUGAUCUGGGAAUCCCUCAGCUGGCGAUUCUCACCCACAUUGACUCAGCCUGUGGAGAAACAGAGAAUAAUCUGAGAAACGUCUACAGGAGCAAACAUUUAAAGAAAAAGAUGGGUGACUUCAGCUCCAGUCUGGGGAUCCCAAUGAACUGCAUCCUCCCAGUGAAGAACUACAGCCAGGAAACUCAGCUGGAUCCAGACGUCGAUGCUCUUAUCCUCAGUGCUUUGAAACUGAUGAUUGACUUUGGAGAUGACUACACUGACACACUGUUGGAAAAAUUUUACCAUAAUCAGUAUAUUAUAUACUUUCUCAUUGCCUUUUUAUCUUCUGCAUACUACUUUUAUGCUUAGUUGUACUUCUUCCAUCCAUCCAUCCAUCCAUCCAUCCAUCCAUCCAUCCAUCCAUCCAUCCAUCCAUCCAUCCAUCCAUCCAUCCAUCCA